UCUCGUACUGCUAAGGAACACAUUUUGAUUAAUUAAAAGCUUUUUGUCUGUAAGUGAUGGAAAUUAUGCGAAAGAUCCAGUGAAAACGGUGUAAAACGAAAGCGGAAUAAUUGAUCGCUCGAACGAUUUUAAUUAUCCACAAUGGCCAAGACCAAGACGGAGAAGAAAACUAAAUCCGCCAUCAACGAAGUGGUGACCCGCGAAUGCACCAUUAACCUGAACCGUCGCCUGCACAAGGUUGGGUACAAAAAGCGCGCCCCGCGGGCCGUCAAGAUCGUCCGCAAGUUUGCUGAAAAGGAGAUGGGUACCAAUGACGUCCGAAUUGACACCCGCUUGAACAAGGCCCUGUGGCACCGUGGAAUCCGUAACCCACCUUUCCGUAUCCGCGUGCGUCUGUCUCGCCGCCGUAAUGACGAUGAGGAUUCGCCCAACAAGCUGUACACUCUGGUAACUUACGUGCCGGUGUCCACCUUCAAGGAACUGCAGACGGAAAAUGUUGAAUCGACCGAAGAUUAGGAGCUGUAAAUUCACUUUACAACAAAUUAUCCUUAUUGAAAUAGAAUUAUUCGAAUGAUUCACCAUGUUGCGUUUUUUGUGAGUUACGUUGGUAAAAAAGUGGAGAGCGUGAAAGAGAAAUAUAAAAAACUACCCUGGCGGAGAAAAAUUGGAAAA